AUGGCAAGCCAGGCUGCUCAGAUGCCGUCCAUCGGCUCCAGCACUGCUCCCGCUAUUUCGGCUCAGGCGACUGACGCUGCGUCGAAGCCCAAGCCCUGCUGCGUCUGCAAGGAUGAAAAGUCUAAGCGUGACGAGUGCAUGCUAUUCUCCAACGCCGCCGACCCCCAGAAGGACUGCCAGUCGACAAUAGCCCAGUACCGGAGCUGCAUGGCUGGGUUUGGCUUCAAGGUCUAA